AUGUUUGGAAACAAGCUCUCCACAUUAUUUUUAACAAACAAUUCACGAACAGGCAGAGUGCCCACAGAAGUUGGACUCUUUGAUGGGGUUACGCUUGGAUUUGGUUCAAACUGCUUGUCCGGUUCCAUUCCUACAGAGCUCUUUCAGGCUGGCAAAGGAAUCCAGUCAUUUUAUUUUAAUGACAAUAAGCUUACAGGAACUCUACCCACUGAAAUUGGAGCAUCCCAUGUAGGUCAUGAUCUCAUCGUCGCUUUGCAAGUUGGACCAAUAUGGAUGGCUCCCUACCAAAGGAACUCUUCACCAGUUGUACCAACUUAUCUCAUCUUAGGGCUUCCAACUGUGGCUUGA